AUGAGUGCGGACUGCACCGGCUAUUACAGUGCAGAGAAGGUGUUUGUGGAUGCUUUCACCUGUCCCAAACCCGAGAGUGAUGCCAGGGCAGUCUUCUGCUGUGGGUUUAAUGACAUUAAGUACUGCUGCGACGACCCGAAUAGCUUCUUUCCCUAUGAAUAUGGAUACAUGUGGUGGCUGAGCGUGGGAGCACUGGUGGGCCUGUCCAUCGCCGCUGUUAUUCUGCUGGCCUUCAUCGUCACCCUCUGCGUCCUCUGCUACCUUUUUAUCGCCACGAAGCCCAGCCAGCUGGACAACGGCUUGCAGCUGCAGGCUACAGGUCCCAACGUCAGUACCUUGGAGCAGUCCGGCCACAUCAGCACCCCCACAGCACCGCAGCGAUUCUGCAAGCACUUCCUCCCCUGCAAACUGGACUGCGACAACCAGCCGCCUGACCCCGACCGACUCUUCCAGAAGUGCUUCAUGGCCACCGUUACCACCGUCAACGUGGAGGGGCCGUCCCAAACCUGA